UUUUGAUGAAAUUUUAUGGUUGUAUUAGAAUUUCGGCCAGCCCUGAAACUUCUUUAUCUUGCAAGGAACUUAACAUACAUAUGCAUAAGUACCACAUGUAUAAGCUCAUACAUACAUACAUAUACUAUAUCUCGGUUUACUUCUAGUGAUUUUGUACCGGAAAAUAGUCUUCCAUUGGGUAUUGACGUUUAUGGUCAACGGAUAUUUGUAACAACACCACGAUGGAAGGAUGGAGUGCCUGCCAGUCUCAGCUAUCUUCCGUAUCCAGCAAAAGAACGCAGUCCCGCUCUACGCCCAUAUCCUGAUUGGAGUUUUCACAGCAAAGCUCAACAGCCAAACUGCACAAAACUUAUAUCCAUUUACCGCAGCUCGAUUGACACGUGCGGCCGCUUGUGGGCAAUCGAUUCCGGUGUUGUAAAUGCGAUAGUUCAUUUGAAUCAGAUUUGUCCACCAAAAAUUGUUGCUUUUGAUUUGGUUAAUGAUAAAAUGGUGGUCAGCUAUACGCUACCGCCAGAGCAACUCAAACAAGACUCAUUACACUCAAACAUUUUGGCCGAUGUCCGCCCCGAUCACUGUAACGACGCGUAUGUCUACGUAACGGAUGUUUGGCGCUUCGGUAUAGUCGUCUACAGUUUGGCUAAUAAUCGCAGUUGGCGAGUCACCAACUACAACCUCAAUCCAAAUCCGAUUGCAUCAGAUUUUAAUCUUUAUGGACUAAACUUUCAGUGGUUGGAUGGUGUAUUUGGAAUGAGCCUGUCCUUGGAAGAACGAAACAAUCAAACCAAUAAUGGGCGUAUACUCUAUUUUCAUCCAAUGGCCAGUUUCAAGGAGUUUGCAGUUUCUACAAAACUGUUGCAAGACGAAAGUUUGUGGCCAGAACGUGCUCAAGAAGCUGCCAAAUAUUUCGUAGAAAUCGGUGAUCGAGGACACCUUAGCCAAUCUUCCACAGCAGCUAUCGCUCGGAAUGGUGUUAUGUUCUACACACAAGUGCAUCGGGAUAAUAUUGGUUGUUGGAAUACCGCAAAACCAUAUGUACGUGGCAAUUUGGCAUUAUUGCUAAGCAACAGUCAAACUUUGGUACAAUUUCCCAACGACCUGAAAGUUGACCAAGAACUCGACCAAAGCGUGUGGGUAAUAAGUAAUCGGCUGCCGAUCUAUCUUUAUGAUAAGCUUAAUAACAGCGAUGUUAAUUUUCGAAUUUUACGUGCAAGUGUUUUAGAAGUUAUUCGCAACUCUGUGUGUGAUCCAAAAAUGCUAAUAGCACAUAGUAACAUUCCUGUUACGGUACAGUUACGUGAGGGACAAUGCUACUGAAGCCUUAAAUUUUCAGCCAAACUUUCCAUGAAAAUGUACUGCGGAAUGAAAAAAUGCACCAUAUCCAUAACACAUUAAGCAAACAUUUAAAAAUAAAAGUAACAAUUAAAAUGUGA